CCGAAGUUGAGCACCACUGCCUGCCUGCUAUUCUCUCCUCCCUCGUUCGUCCCUGGGAUUUGGUGAUCUACCUGUCUUUAACACUGAUUUGACCAUUUAGACUUUCUACCACCUACUUAUUAUUACGUGUAUCUUCCAAAAAUGUUGAUCAAAGUGCGCACCCUCACUGGCAAGGAGAUUGAACUGGACAUUGAGCCUGAUUACAAGGUGUCUCGGAUAAAGGAGCGCGUUGAGGAAAAGGAGGGUAUCCCGCCCGUUCAGCAACGAUUGAUCUUUGGUGGAAAGCAAAUGGCCGAUGACAAAACUGCAUCAGAAUACAACCUCGAAGGUGGUGCGACGCUGCAUCUCGUCCUUGCUCUCCGUGGUGGCUCUCUGACCUUCUAAACGCCUACUCUGAGUUCUAAAUGUCAUAUUCUACUAGGUUUGCAAAUGGUAUGGAAUGUUUGAAUUAGCUGGGUGGAUCUCUGGAGCCGAAGCUCGGAGCUACAUCGAAUAUUGUGGCACUAACUCAGCUCAUGCAUGUUUUCAUUCAUUAUACCCCGAAGAUGGAAGCGGGCUGUUCAGUGCUGGCGGCAUUAGUCUAAGCGUAUGGUGUUUAACAUCAGGAUGCUUCCUGAACCACCUUAAUAGCAUGUUUGUGUCACAUGCUAUCAAACCCAAAACGAUGUUUAAUGUGCUACACCAACGCAGUAAUGACAAGUCUCCUGAAGGAUCUCAGAAGCAUAAACUCGCGGAAGAGAAUAGAACAGACGAUAUAGCCGUAAUAACGCGAGUAUUUGUCAUGGUUUUGGAGAAGGGCUGUAGUGUGAAUGUUUCCAGAAAACAAAAAUUUGUCAAGCAUAUAAAUGUAAAGUCGAUACCAGAAUCGCAAUCAAAACCAUCAUAAAGAUCAUUCAGUUCACAAUAUAAACACCUUUCAAGAUGUCCUUUUGACGCAAAAUAUACAUUCCAUAAUGCAAAAUGUGAGUGUUGAGUAUCACAGAUCCACAUGAAAAGAAAGAGAUGGUAUAUUAACCCGACACGAGAACGCCACUCGCUAAUAUUGC